GGACAUUCGGCCCAUUCCUUAGCAUGAACGCGUCGCGUCCUCUCAACCGAAAGGGCGCCCCACAACGCAAAGGACGCAUCCAUCCGCCCGUCCAUCCGAAAGCCAACCCUACACCAAACUCUGCAGGUCUCGUGUCCUCAUCACCCAACCCCAUCAUCACAAUCUCAUCCGCCCUCCCCUCGCCAUCCUCCAUUACCAAUCUUCCGUCGCCUCUCCUCUCCUUCCUUCAACCAUCGUCCUCGCCUAUAAACCUCUCACGACCCAAGAACCCACGUAGGCCGGGCGCGCAACGAGAAGAACCGACGAGCUCUCCUCAUGUCGAGCCCCACGCACGUCCGCAAGGCCCUCCACCUCGCCGCCAUGAAGGCCAAGCUGCAGGGCGUCGCCGGCCACCGCCUCCUCCUCGUCACCGCCCUCGCCGCCUUCCUCCUCCUCUUCUCCGCCCGCACGCUAUUCUCCUCCUCCCGUGGCCCUGGCGCCGCCUCGCGGCUGAGCGGCGACGGGUCGUGCUCGAAGCUGCCGGCGCCCGUGGCCGAGGCCCUGGUGCACUACGCGACGUCGAACGUGACGCCGCAGCAGACGGCGGCGGAGAUCGGGGUGUCGCUGCGCGUGCUGCAGCGCCGCUCGCCCUGCAACUUCCUGGUGUUCGGCCUCGGCCACGACAGCCCCAUGUGGGCGGCGCUCAACCACGGCGGCCGCACGGUGUUCCUCGAGGAGGACGCGUCCUGGAUCGCCUCCGUCCGCUCCGCGCACCCGGGCCUCGAGUCGUACCACGUCACCUACGACACCCGCCUGACCGAGGCCGACGAGCUCAUCGCCCUGCGGGACCACCCGGGGUGCACCGCGCAGCCGGACCUCGCCGCCGCCGCCGAGGCCUCGUGCCGGCUGGCGCUGCGCGGCCUCCCCGCCGUGUUCCACGAGGUGGAGUGGGACCUCAUCAUGGUGGACGCGCCCACGGGGUGGACGCCCGAGGCGCCCGGGAGGAUGGGCGCCAUCUACACGGCCGGCAUGGCGGCGCGCGCGCGGCGGCCCGGCGACGGCGCGACGGACGUGUUCGUGCACGACGUGGACCGCACGGUGGAGGACAGGUUCUCCAAGGCGUUCCUGUGCGACGCCUACCUCACGGAGCAGGUCGGCAGGAUCCGGCACUUCGUCAUCCCCAGCCACCGGGAGAAGCCCGGCACGCCCUUCUGCCCUCAGAACUGAUUAUUAUCGGCUACCCGUUUUAUCCUCCUUCAUUAUAGUAGGACCGCACACCUACCUUGAUCAGGACACACACGCAUGCUGAAGCCUGAAGGACGGUCAUGCCAUACACCAUUGGAGGUAGUUAAUGGCGUCAGAUCGAGAAACGAGCGUUCGCGAUCGAGUAGUCCGGAGAAAAUCAGUGUGAUUUUCCUUCCAUCUGCGGAUGCAGUUGAUAGCGGUGGUUCUAGCUCCAUGGUUCCUGGUAGUUGAUCAAGAGUGGAGCAUGUAUCAUGCAAACUAUAUGUUGUAAUUAUCUGCAAUGUUUCUAUUAGUAUUUUGGCCAGAUAUUUUGCUUUUGUAUUGUGUGGCUCAUAAUAAAAGAGAUCGAGAUGCACGUGGAGUGAGGACAA